AUCAACUGCAUAAUAGUGCAUAUGUGGUUAAAAUUUGUCGGCAUCUCCAUUUCUCUUUAUAACUAUAACAAUAUUUACAGAUGCGACACGAGAUCGGUCGGGACGAGGUCAACCUUCAUGCGUCAGACUCUGUGUGCAUCUAAACUGCAUCGUCAGCGUUCUCGAUCUGGAGUUAUAGUAUCAUGGCUGGCGCUUAUGGCAUGAUUGACUGGUGUGGUUCAGCAGCGUUGCCAAAUGGACGAUACUUAGGAAUGCUAGCUCAGGGGAUUAUUUUGUGCCGAACGUAAUCCUUCAUGAACUGAUGACAUCGCUGCGUGGGAAGUGCAGAGUCAACCAAGUUGACGCCAUUUUUUCUAAUGUGUAAUCACUCAGAUAAGAAAAGUAUGAAACGUUGUUCUGUA